CAACAAGGGUCGCUGAUGUCCUUGUUUCUCUGACUCCGCAGUAUAUAUAUCUCCAUCCGAGAACGCUUGUCAGCUUUCUCUCCCCCCUCUCCUCGCCGUCCCCACCAAUCAUGUCCCACAGACGACAGCCUGAUAGGGACGUCGUCCACCCCCAUCCUCACGCCCUCGUCACCCACCCGCCGCUGCCCCCCCCGCCCCACCUCAAUGGUAACUCCACCGUUCCUCCCUCGACGCCAGGCAGCAUCUCAAAUGGCUCCAACCACACCAACACAGCAUCGGCCCAACUGGUCUCGCCAACCGUUGUUCCCUCCACUGCCCCCCCUCCCAACGGGGUCCCGACCAGCACCAUCCACAAGUUGGCCCUCGCCAACGAGCAGACCUGGUUACUAAUCGGGCGCGUCGCUGAGCAAAUGGGCGAUCUGGAACAUGCCAUCACCGCAUACGAAAAUGCUCUGCGGCAUAACCCGCUCUCCCUUUCUGGCCUAACCCAGGUGGCGGGAAUAGCUCGAAUCAAGGAGAAUUAUCCGAAGGCAAUUGAGUAUUUCCAGCGGGUGCUUCAAUUACAGGAAGACAACGGCGAAGUAUGGAGUGCAUUGGGUCAUUGCUACCUCAUGCAGGAUGACCUCCAGAAGGCCUACUCCGCAUACCAACAAGCUCUUUAUCUGCUUCCAAAUCCCAAGGAGGAUCCAAAACUAUGGUAUGGAAUAGGCAUUCUGUACGACCGCUACGGUUCUUUGGAUCAUGCCGAAGAAGCCUUUGCUUCUGUUCUCAAAAUGGACAAAGAACUAGACUUCGACAAGGCAAACGAAAUCUUGUUCCGCCUCGGCAUCAUUUACAAGCAACAGGGCAAAUACGACGAUUCCCUUGGCUGCUUUGACCGCAUCCUUCGCAAUCCUCCCAGUCCUCUCGCCCAUGCCGACAUCUGGUUCCAAAUUGGCCACGUUUACGAGCAACAAAAUGAGUAUGCCCGUGCAAAGGAUGCUUACGAGCGUGUAGUUGCUGAUAACCCUGUCCAUGCAAAGGUUCUCCAGCAGCUCGGCUGGCUCUACCAUCAGGAAGGAUCCUCUUUUCAGAACCAGGAACUCGCUAUCCAAUUCCUGACCAAGAGUCUCGAAGCAGACUCUUCGGACGCCCAGAGCUGGUAUCUCCUCGGGCGAGCGUAUAUGGCAGGUCAGAAGUACAACAAGGCAUACGAAGCUUAUCAGCAGGCUGUCUACCGGGACGGCAGGAACCCUACCUUCUGGUGCUCGAUUGGCGUCCUUUACUUCCAGAUCAACCAGUUCCGCGAUGCGCUCGACGCAUACUCGCGCGCUAUCCGAAUCAACCCGUACAUCUCUGAGGUGUGGUUCGACCUAGGAAGCCUGUACGAAAGCUGCAACAACCAGAUCUCUGACGCCAUCGAUGCGUAUGCUCGUGCCGCCGAGCUCGACCCAGGCAAUGUUGUUAUCUCUCAGCGACUGCAGUUACUUAAGAAUGCCCAAGCAACCGGUGGUCAACUUCCCGCUGCCCCUGGUCCGCAGGACGUCCACCCGAAUGCCUAUGCUAACCAGUCUACACUUCCGCCAGGUCUGAGUGGCCCUCCGCUCCUUCUUCAGUCGACUUCCACCCGCCCCCUACUUAGGUCCGACUCUAGAGGUCCGGGAAAUAACGAUAACCUCCAUUUGCCCCCGCCUCCUGUGCCUGUUAGCCGCGCCUCUCCUCCAUUUAGGGGUCCUCCCCCUCCCGUCUCCAUCGACGAAUCACGGCAUCCCCCCUCUCAUACCCCGCUUGCCCCCAUGGAUGUCGAUCGCCCCCAUCACCGCGACUUCUCUGGCCCUUCCCGGGAUAGUGUUGCUCGUGGCCCCACUGGUCACCCAUGUCUCUUGCUGCACCACCCCGUCCCGCAACAGCAGCUCCCGACAGAAGAGCUGCGAUCUUCCACCAACCAGGAUCUGGCACAGCACUCGGAGUACUUCAACCGCCCACUACGUGUCCCUUCGGGAUCCGCCUCACCUGCUCCCCAUCCUGCUCGCCCGCGCUCUCCUGUCUCCACCUUCCCGGCUUACCCUCCUCCGAGUCGCCAGCCAAUCGGGCCGGCUCAGCCGAGCAUUCCGGCUUCCCAGCGUACGCCGCCUUCGUAUCCGCGCGAGCUACGUGCAGCAGAUCGCGAUAUGGCCUGGGAUCGCCGCGGUCCUCACCCGGAGCACCAUCGUGACUGGGAGGAUCGCGACCACCGCGGACGUUCUGAAUAUCCGACUCACCCUUCACAGCAACCUUACUACGCCUCCCGCUCUCCAGGACCUCGCCGCGCCCUGAGUCCCAUGGAGACGUCGCCUCGCUCUGCCCAUCACUCGCGGCCUCAUUGGGACUCGAAGCCCCCCGGUGGCCCGUCCCAUCAACCUUUGGGUCCUCCCGAAAGCGGGCACUGGCGCUACGAUCCCGCAAGAUUCGACGCGCGCGAACGUCCGGUGGAGCGAGAUGUGGAGUCGAGAAGGCACUCGAGUUCGGUUGUCAACUCACCAGAGGCCGUGCCUCGCGUUCCGCUACAUACAAAUGUUCGCAUGUCUGUGUCUCCAGAGCCAUCAUCAGCCGACUCGAAGAACAGGAGGAAGCAGCCGCAACCGACGAAGGACAAGGAUUCGGACACGCAAAGUAUCGGUGGAUCGAUCCCUAGUGAUGCCCCGAAGAGGAAGAAGCGUCAACGUCGGGCCAAGGAUGACUCUGGCUUACCCGCUAAUCUACCUGCGUCAUUCAAGGUUCCUUCCUUCUCAGCGAAGGAUGGGCAGGACACGGCAAGUUCGAGCGGUUCUGGAAAUCGUUCACUACAGCCGUCUCCGACUGGUGCCACCCCACGCCUGCCGUCCCGAGUGGUAGAUGAGGAUUAUGAUGAGGGUGUCGCUGAUGCGUUAGUUAACUUGUCCCAGACCCGUCCUGCCGAGCAGUCGGCUUCUGCGCAUGACAACUACAAUGCGACGAUGCACUCGCCGACGCUGUCUAAUGCAAGUCGCCACACCGCCAAUUCGCCACGCGAUGCCGCCCCUCAUCGUCGAUCUACGUCGUCCUCCAACGGUCCUUCACCUGCUUCGUCCGGAGCGUCGUCCCUCAAGCGCCCGCUCAGUCCCCCGACGGAGGAAACCGACAGUAAGCGCACUCGAGUCGAGAGUGUGAAGCGAGGUAGCGGUUCGUCUUCUGGACGACACACCCCUGUUCCAUCUCGCUCGUCUCCCUCCUUCCGCAUGCCGCCUGCAUCACACUCACCCGAUUCUCAUCCGCACAACGAGACUGCGCUCUCUACGUUCCCGAGUCCUCCCAAGAUCGCGGUACCUUUCCCUCCCCACCCGCGACCUAUUGGGGCGGCGGUGAUGGCCCUGCCACCCAUUGCUACGCUCUCAUCUUCAUCGACGCCCUCGCCAACGGAUGACAGGAUGGCGGUUGAUCGUCGCUCCAUCACGCCUCCAUCGAGAGGCAAGCUGUCGGAAGUGAUGAACCCUGCUGUUGAUUCGCCUGGUGCUCGACCCGUUGCAUCUUCACCCCGCGCCCAUGAGAAGAAAGAUUCACCGUCCUCCGCUUGAGCAUGAUAAUAUGUCAUUAUAACCUCCUUUGGCUUCGUUCGAUAUCUAACGUGUUCACGACUUUGCUCAUGUCCCAAAAGUGUUUUAUUCUACAGCUUGGCUUUCUAUCUAUCGGCAUAAGAACGCACUGCAUGUAUAUGUAUCUCCAUUCAUAAGAAUUAUAGAUAUCCGCACAUUGUUCUUCCUUGUUCCAUCAUAGUUCGUUUUAUUCAUUUGUUAGGAUGACUGCACACGGUCCGGAUGCUGCGUGUGUGUUCCCACGCUUGCCAACGA